AUGUCUGGCUCCACAUCAUUUACGUUUGACUCCACAGUAUCUCCUUUGGACUCCACAACAUCCACGUUUGACUACACAUCAUCUACAUUUGACUCCACAUCAUCCACGUCCGACUCCACAUCAUCGACGUUUGACCCCACAUCAUCCACGUCUGACUCCACCUCAUCCACGUCUGACUUCACAUCAUCGACGUUUGACUCCACUGUAUCCACUUUUGACUCCACAACAUCCAAGUUUGACUCCACAACAGCCACGUUUGACUACACACCGUCUACGUUUGACUCCACAUCAUCUACGUUUGACUCCACAGUAUCAACAUUUGACUUCACAACAUCCAAGUUUGCCUCCACAUCAUCCACGUCUUACUCCACAUCAUCGACGUUUAACUCUACAGCAUCCACGUUUGACUCUACAGCAUCCACGUUUGAAUCUACAACAUCCAUGUUUGACUCUACAGUAUCCACGUUUGACUCUACAUCAUCCACGUUUGACUCUACAACAUCCACGUUUGACUCUACAGCAUCAACGUCUGACUCUGCAUCAUCCACGUCUUACUCUACAGAAUCCACGUUUAACUCUACAUCAUCCACAUUUGACUCUAAUACAACCCGCCUUUGA